CAAGGUUUGAGCUACAAGUGGUAACAUUGGUCACCGCAUCUAUCGUAAUUUAUAGGAACCAUACGGUUCCACUUCAGACCAAAGUUCUAAAUAACCGUAUAUUAUUCGAAAUACAAAAGAGCUAUCAUAUAAAUGGGUGGUAUAUUUAGUCUGUUUUCCCGACUGUUUGGAAGUAAAGAACGGAGAAUCCUCAUCUUAGGCUUAGAUGGAGCCGGGAAAACGACAAUUCUCUAUAGGUUACAGGUUGGUGAAGUGGUAACAACCAUCCCUACUAUUGGAUUCAAUGUAGAAACAGUUGUUCACAAAAAUCUUAAAUUUCAAGUAUGGGAUUUAGGCGGUCAAACUAGUAUUCGACCAUAUUGGCGUUGUUAUUAUGCGAAUACUGAUGCUAUUAUUUAUGUAGUGGAUAGUAUGGAUAAAGAUCGAGUUGGAAUUUCUAAACAAGAAUUAUUUUCUAUGCUUGAGGAGGAAGAGCUUCGUGGUGCUGUACUGGUAAUAUUGGCAAAUAAACAAGAUAUAUCUGGUUGUAUGACUAUCAGUGAAGUAGCACAAUCACUUGGCUUAGCUGCAAUUAAAAAUCGACGUUAUCAAUUAUUUAAAACAUCUGCAUUAAAAGGUGAAGGAUUGGAAGAAGCCAUGGAUUGGUUAUCGAACACUCUGUGUACACAGAAAUGAUUUUCGCUACCAAGGUUCCUUCUUAUUACACAAAAGAAAUAGCUUGUGGAUUGGGGAGUUCCUCGUUUUUGAUUUUACUUUUUACCGGCCAUUUCUUUGUAAAUGCCCUCCUUGUCAUUUGCUGAGUUUGACGAAAUGUCUCGUCUUCUAACUUUUAUACUUUCAAUCAUUUGAACUAAUCAAUGUCUUCCUUUGUUUCCACUAAAAUGUACAAUUUGACUUGCCUGUGAUACACCUAUUUUCAACCAUAAUACAUUAUCGUUGGUAGAUAUGACCCAUUAUAAGCUACAUAGAAGUUACUUAUCUACUACUCGUGGAACAUUUGCCACGCUGAAGAUAUACUGAUGGUCUUCCUGAUCGUAGGUAUCUUGGUUUCUUAGCACUAACCUAGAGGUUGGGUUGAUUUUUUUCAGAUUACAACUUGCAUCUAGUAUG